AUAAGAUAAAAAACACUCGAAAUUUGAGAAAAAUUUUCACUUACGUUGCAUUCUUUGCGAUGUAUUUCCUCGUAUUUCUUUCUAUAUAAAACCCAUAAUACAUUCAUUUUUAAACCAAUAAAAAAAUGAAGGAUGAUCUGUAAACGUUUAGAUUCGCAUUGAAACUGAAUGUACGUAAGCCCAUUUUCCCAACUCCACGUCGUGAAAACAACAACACCAACAAUGGCUACGAACGGAUCGUACAGUGGUAACGAGAAGAUAUCCGGAGUAUCGGAAAUCGAAUACGCCACUGAUCCAGCAUCCGGUGGAUUUUUCCACUCGGAUUAUAAAAAGCACGAUGACUUGAAACAGAUGUUGGAUGUGAAUAAGGAUAGCAUGAAGCUGGAAGCUAUGAAGCGUAUAAUAGGGAUGAUAGCCAAAGGUCGAGAUGCUUCGGGACUGUUUCCAGCUGUGGUUAAAAACGUAGUAUCGAAAAACAUCGAAGUCAAGAAACUGGUUUACGUGUAUCUGGUUCGUUACGCCGAAGAGCAACAAGAUUUAGCGUUACUUUCGAUUUCGACGUUUCAAAGAGCAUUAAAAGACCCUAAUCAACUUAUAAGAGGAUCAGCUCUGCGAGUAUUGUCCAGUAUACGUGUCACGAUGAUCGUACCGAUAGUCAUGUUAGCUAUUAAAGAUGCUGCAGCUGAUAUGUCUCCGUAUGUGAGAAAAACAGCAGCUCAUGCUAUUCCUAAAUUAUACAAUCUUGAUCCGGAUCAAAAAGAAGAGCUUAUUUUAGUCAUCGAUAAAUUACUCUCAGAUCGAACCACGUUAGUCGUAGGAUCAGCUGUUAUGGCGUUCGAAGAAGUUUGUCCCGAACGAAUCGAUCUAAUACACAAGAAUUUCCGAAAAUUGUGCAAUUUACUCGUCGACGUAGACGAAUGGGGUCAAGUGAUCAUCGUCAACAUGCUGACCAGAUACGCUCGUACUCAAUUCACCGAUCCAAAUAUCAACGAGGCCGACGAAGAAUCCGAAAAUAAUAAAUCAUUCUACGAAAACGAUUCCGGAUCUGAAGCUGAAACAGAACCGAAAAAGAAAACAUAUAUUUUAGACCCUGAUCAUAAAUUAUUACUUCGAAGUGCUCGUCCUCUGCUACAAAGUCGAAAUGCAGCGGUUGUCAUGAGCGUUGCUCAGCUGUAUCAUCACUUGGCACCUAAAUCGGACGUAACCGUAAUGGCAAAAUCAUUGAUCAGAUUACUACGAUCUCAUCGCGAAGUCCAGUCCGUAGUUUUAAACUGUAUAGCUUCGAUUUCGAUUAUUCGUAAAGAAAUAUUCGAAUCAUUUUUGAAAAGUUUCUUCGUCCGAACCAGCGACCCAACGCAUAUAAAAAUCCUUAAACUAGAAAUCCUAACCAGCUUGGCGACCGAAUCGAAUAUCUCGAUAAUUUUACGAGAAUUUCAAACAUAUAUUUCCAGCGUCGAUAAACAAUUCGUCGCCGCAACAGUUCACGCCAUUGGACGUUGCGCUUCCGAUAUCAAGGAGGUGAGGGAUAGCUGCUUAAAUGGCUUGGUUACCAUGCUUUCGAAUAGAGAUGAAGCUGUCGUUGCUGAGAGUGUUGUGGUGAUCAAGAAACUCUUACAGACGCAUCCGAACGCUCAUACCGAUAUAAUAAAGCAUAUGGCUAGAUUGGUGGAUAAUAUCACGGUGCCUCAAGCUCGUGCUUCUAUUUUAUGGCUACUUGGAGAGUAUUCUCAUCUGGUACCGAAACUGGCUCCGGAUGUGCUGCGUAAAAUGGCGAAAAGUUUCGUCAACGAGGAAGAUAUCGUGAAAUUGCAAAUAUUAAAUCUGGCCGUUAAAUUAUUCCUCACCAACGAGUCGCAAACCAAGCUACUUUGCCAAUAUGUGUUGACUUUGGCACGUUACGAUCAAAAUUACGAUAUCAGAGAUCGUUCCAGACUCCUGCGUCAAGUCUUAUUCCCUCAAAACGAAGAUAACAAGAUUACAGCUAAAGCUAAAGAUAUAUUCUUAGCGAAUAAACCAGCUCCACUAUUAGUUUCUAAAUUCAUCGAUAGAGAGGAAUUCCAGAUGGGAUCUUUAUCUCAUUACAUCAACGCUCGAGCUAACGGCUACCACGAUUUACCAUCGUUCCCAGAAGUUCAACCGGAUACUUCGGCUCGUAACGUACCAACUGAGAAUACACCUAAAGUGGCCAAAAAACAGAUAUCCAUCAAUAAGAAGAAAUCAUUUUACUCGGAUUCGGAUAAUACUUCGUCUCCUGACGAAGAUUCAGACGACAGCGACGAUAGCGAAGAAAGCGGAGAAGAUAGCAGCGAACCUGUAUCAGACGACUCGGAAAAUUCUGAAAAACCUUCGUACGAGUUCAAAAAAACAAAGGCUAAAAAAUCAGAUUCCCAAAAAUCCAAACAAGAUUCUAGCGACGAUGAUGAAGAAGAAGAUAGCGAUGAAAGCGACGACAGCGAUGAGAGUGAAGAAGAAUCCAGCGACGAAGAAAGCGAACCCGAACCUCGUAAACCGGUUAAAAAACCCACUAAGCAGGUUAAUAAACGAGAAACGAAGGCAGCCCAGCCGCAGAAAUCUAGCAAUAUUGAUCUUCUAUUGGAACUGGAUAAUUUUGCGCCAACUCCGGUGAUGACUCCGAGUUCAUUCCUAUCACCAAUGACUCCUGCAUCGAACUCGGCCACCUCAGGAUCUGCGAUUCAGUUCGUCGGAGCAGUUUACGUCUCGGAUAAAUCGUGGGAAUUAUUGAAUAAAAUCAACUCCUCUGGUCAACUCAGCAUUCAAGGUAGAUUUACCAGAUCUCCUCAUAUCUACAGCUCUGCCAUGGUGUCCAUCGAGUUGAUCCUCGUCAAUCAUCAUUCGGAUGCUUUGACCAAUAUCAGAGUUGGUCAAAAGAAUCUCGGAACGAACAUCUCGAUGCACGAGUUCCCUCCUGUAGCUUCGCUGAUGCCGACGGAGAAACGAACCGUCACCUUGGGAGUGAAUUUCAACGAUUCAACGCAACCGAUAUCUUUCGAAGUAUUAUGGAAUUGCGACGAGGUCGCCAUGAAAUCCACUAUCUCGUUUAAAGCUCCAGUUGGCGAACUUUUGAGAGCAGUUUCGAUGCCAGAAUCGAAUUACUUAGAAGAGCAAACCAAGUUGAAAGGUAUGAAUGAACAUUCCGCCAAUAUUACCAUAGGCACGGACGAUAAAUCCAAAAUUUCCCAAUAUAUUUACGAAGUCGCCAAUUUCGCAUCUACUUCCUCCAUCGAAUCGUCCACCUUGAGAUAUUCGGCUCAAACCCUGGCAUCUCAAUCGCUCGUACUGUUGACCGUAGUUUUAAAAGAGAAUCGAGAAAUUUCCAUUACCGUAAAUUGCGAAAAAAUGGUCGUCGGUUCCAUGGUGUUGAACGAAGUGAAAAAUAAUCUAUUGAAAUUAGCUUAAGAAAGUUCCAUAUUAUUCCAUCCGUCGCGUCGGUUGAUAUAUUUUUGUUGAUUUUUCAUUUCGUUUCCUGCUUUUUCUUUUUCGAGUUGGUUAUUCUUAUUAUUAUGAAAUGUAACGUUGAUGUGUAUGUUAUUUAACGAACUUAAUUUAAUCGAAUAAAUUAUUAAUUUAUGGUUAAUUAA